CUCAACCAGGUGUUUAUCCCCGUGCUCAGCAAGGAGGCGGGGCGGGGGGAGACGCAUUUCUGGGCCACCGAGGUGGCCGAGCACAGCGGAAGUGAGCUCCUCAGCAACAUGCAAAGGUUCCAAACUCAGGUGUCGACCGUCAAGCAGCUCCUGAUUGGUGACACGCAGCUGGCAAUACCUGCGCUGCCAGUGGAAACGUUUGACAGAGCGGAGAUUGACUUCGACCUCAUCCUUCAGCUCGAGACUGCAGUUACGGACUGGUUGCAGGCUCUGGAAGCACUAAUAGCUCGCGAGCUGAAAAAGGUUGUAACCGGGAAGAAUCCUCUGGCAGAGCUGGAGUUUUGGCGAGACAGGAGCAGCUCGUUGAGCGGUCUCUACCAGCAGCUCAACUCUGCCAAGAGAAAAAGAGUUCUUGCUGUUUUGGAGCAUGGCAACAGCAACUCGGAGCUCGUCGGGACCUAUAAAGCUCGCUUUGGCGAGCUUGCCAAAAUGUUUCUGGAGGCCAAAGACAAUGUCAAGUUCCUCACGACACUAGAGAGGCAUUUCAAGACUAUUGCUGGCGGGGCGCUGCCAAGGGUACUGGAGACAAUGAAUCCGAUGGUGAAUGCCCUUCGCAUGGUCUGGAUUAUCUCUCGCCAUUAUUCGGACGACGCACGAAUGGGGUCCUUGAUGGAGAGAAUUGCACACCAGAUUGCUGAAAAGGUUUCAUCGGAAAUAGACCUGAAGACACUUUUCACGGUGCCUGCUGAAUCUGCGGUCUCGAAGCUUACAAUCGGCAAAGCUGUGUUGGAUUCAUGGAGCGAAGUUUAUAUGCAAGUCCGUGAACGAAUUGAAGUUCAGGGUCGUGAUCCCAGGUGGGAGUUCGAUAGAAAGAAGCUGUUUGAGCGCACAAGCUACAUGGCAUCCAUUUGCAUUGACCUCUUACAUAUAGUUCAAGUUUAUUACGAUUUUCACAACUUCCUAGGGCCAGAGCUGAAGGCCGUGACCGGUGAUACUCAGGGUGUUGAUGCUGUGACCCAGAAAGUUGCUGCGAUGAUAGAGCCCGUGGAAAAGCUUGCAUUUGACGUGUUUGACAAAGCCUUCGCAUUGCAAUGGUCGGCCACAGUCUCAAACUUCAAUAUUGAGAAAGAAAAUAUUGAGCAUCUUACGAAAGCAUUUAUUGACACUUCCUUCAAGAAGCUGCGCAGUGCUGAAGGCGCUUUGGAGUUGCUUCGGAGUUUCAAAAACAUCAAGAGCGAAGGGACCAUCAACAAGCAGAUGAUGGAUAAAUUCAAUGACAUAAUUAUUCAAUUCACCAAGGAGAUUGAAAGUGCACGAGAAAUUUUUGACCGGCUCUCGUCUACCCCUCCAAGAACUCGGAACCAACCUCCGGUUGCAGGUUCGAUAAACUGGGCGAGGUCUCUCUUUGGACGUUUACGCAAAACAAUGCGGAAAUUCGAAACAGGUGGCACGGAUAUCGUUCAAGCUGCAUCAGGGCUGGAGAUGGAAAUACAUUAUCGAGCGUUUGCAAAGCAAAUGAUGUAUUUUGAGAAGCAAUGGAUAACGAAGUGGGCGGAUUCCGUCAACCACCACGCAUCGGUAUACAUGAAACAGUCCAUAUUGAGCAAGGGCCCGAUAGGGAAUGUCUCUAUCAAUUUUCAUCCAAAUCUUGUUCAAAUCAUUAGAGAGGCGAAGUAUCUGGACGCAAUGGGUUUUCAGCUUCCCGAAGUGGCGCUGAAUGUAGCACUCCAGGAAGAAAAGUUUCAAACGUGCAUCGAGAGCCUUCAGAAUAUGUUGCAGAGGUACCAUAAUGUCCUGGAGAUGUUGACGCCAGUGGAGUCGAAGCUUUUGGCAAUUCGUGUGGAUAAACUGCAGCAUGUGCUUGAUCCUGGCUACAACCAGCUAAACUGGAACUCGUUGGGCAUUCCGGAAUUUGUGGGGGCGUGCAUGAAAUCAGUCUACGAAUUUAAGUCCAUAGUAACCCAGGUUCAAAACAACUCGGCUAGCAUCGAGAAAGCCAUAGAAACCAUUGCCAAAACAAAGCUUUUGAACUUACCAUCUGCCACUGGGGAUGUCGAAAGCAUGGAAUUUCAGGAGAUGUACGAUUAUAUUGAAGAGCAGAGACUUAAGUCCGAGGAGAACGCACUAAAACAGUACCAAGGGAUCUCUCCUCUUCUGAAAAAACUGGAAGAAGUGGUGGUAGCAACAAACACGGGAUCAUCACCUGCGUUGAUUGACUACUAUAGUUUCUGGGAGCGAAAAAUCUUCAAGGCUCUCAACCAGAUGGUGAUCGGUGGGCUAGAUGCUCUUAAAGCUCUCUAUCAGAAGGUUCCUACUGUAAAGGUUUCAAGCAGUAAGAAACCGGAUUUUAUACGCUAUUUUAAACUGAACUGCUACUUAAAUAUCCCGGACAUAGUUGUGCAGCCAAGCUUGACUGAGCUGACCAAGCUGCUUACAAAUAUGGUACGGAGUAUCGUUGACUCGGCAAAGCCAUUUAUCAGGUGGAUGGAUGGGACUUGUUUGGAGACACCCGAGCAGAGAGUUGGCAGUGAAGAUGCGGAGCCUUUUAUCUUUUCAUUCUACAGCGACGUCUCGCUUAAUCCCAAGAUCAUAACAUCCAUGCUCACGUUAAAUACUUGCAUCGACAAAGUCUUGACUGGAGCGCACAAACAUUUGGAUCACUGGAGAAAGUUUCAACACCUAUGGAGGCAAGAUAAACUCACCAUUAUUGGAAAGUUUGCGUCCAAGAAUCCAACUUGUGCAAAAUUCGAAGAAAAGCUUGCUAAGUAUUACAAGGUUGCAACCGACAUCUUAGAGCUUCCUAAAGAGAAAGCUGUGGAGUUUCUCGUAUUUAACAGCCACCAGUUGGCGGCUUCUAUCAAUCAAGUAGCUCUUGGAUGGGUCCAAGCUAUUGGGAAUGAAAUGUCGAACUGUGAAAAGCCCCGAGUGACUGAACUCCACGCAAAGAUUGACUACCUGUUCAAUACUUUACACCUGCCUCCAGAGACCUUGGAGACUCUGAAAAUGGUCCUGAAUGUGGUUGCGGAAGUCCAGAGUUCAGGCAUGGUCAUGGAGUUAGAAUACAUGGACCUGGAAGAAAGAAACAGAACGCGGGAACUUUUUGGACUACACAACGAUCCAGAAGAAAAGUCACGUAUUUUAAGUAUCAGAGAGAGAUGGCUAACCUUGGAGAAAGAGUGUUCUCUGCUAAACAUUUCCUUGCAAGAAAUCAAACUGAAGUUCACUGAGACCACAAAGAAACAGGUUGUUGAGUUUGCCAAGGAAGUCUCAGGAUUUCGUGAUCAGGCAGUACAACGAGGUCCGGCAAAAGCUCCGGACCUAGAUGUUGGAGUGGAACUAAUGGAGACCGCGCAUGCCGAGUUGCUGAGGCUCCAGGGAAAUAGGGAACAACUUGUCCUAGCUCAAAAGCUGUUUGACUUGCCUAUAACACCAUACCCUCUUUUAGCCGAGGUGGAGACACUGUUGAAAAGCCUUUCACAAAUCUAUACAGUCUACACCGAUUUCAGAACAACCGUUGACAAUUACGCUAGCACUUUAUGGGUUGAACUGGAUAUCCAAAGGCUAGUAGCUAUUACUGAAGAAUUUACUGUUCGGCUGAAGAGACUGCGUACUCUCAAAAACUUUCAACCGUAUGCCCUGCUAGAAGCAAAAGUCAAGGGCUUUCAGGAUUCGCUUCCGCUUAUUCAAGACCUGAAAAGUGAUGCGUUACGAUCACGCCAUUGGGAAAAGCUGAUGGAAGUAACAGGAAAAUCUUUUGACAUGGAUCCUAAAUCAUUCACACUGGCAAACCUUUUCAGAAUGGAGCUACAUAAUUUUGCUGCUGUAAUCAGUGACAUAACGAAUUCAGCACAGAAGGAGCUCAACAUUGAAAUGGACCUGAAAAAAAUGGCUGAAAUAUGGAAAGAGCAGCAAUUUGAAAUAUUCAAAUACAACAAGGACGGCAUGGAUCGGGGCUGGGCAUUAAAAUCCACAGAACCUAUCGUUGUACUGCUCGAAGAUAUGAUGCUUAACCUUCAGAGCAUGGUGAGCUCGCGCUUUGUGCGUGCAUUCUUGAACGAAGUAAAUAACUGGGAGAGAAAGUUGAGCCUCAUUGGAGAGGUCAUCGACAUCUUAAUGCAGGUGCAAAGGAAGUGGAUGUACUUGGAAAGCAUAUUUAUCUCAGAUGAUAUUCGACAUCAGCUGCCCGAUGAGGCCAAGCGUUUUGAUAAUAUCGACAAGACCUGGAAGAAGAUAAUGAAUGAAACUGUUAAAAAUCCAAAUAUAGUGGAUGCCUGCACGGCACCAGAUCGGCUUGCGACGCUCAAUGUUCUUUACACGCAGCUGGAAACUUGUCAAAAGAGUCUGACAGAGUACUUGGACACAAAGAGAAAUGCGUUUCCACGUUUUUUCUUUGUUUCUGAUGAUGAGCUUCUCUCAGUUUUGGGCAGCUCUGAUCCAACUGCUAUUCAGGAACACAUGCUCAAACUUUUUGACAAUUGUGCAGCUUUAGACUUUGGAGAGCGGUCAAAAACUGUUGUCGGGAUGAAAUCAUCUGAAGGUGAAACAUAUGCCUUACGGGCUCCUAUAUCAACAGAUGGGCCUGUCGAAGUUUGGAUGAAAAAGGUGGAAGCUGAAAUGAGGCGUUCGCUAUAUCAAAUAUCUAAGGAAGGUGUGUAUCACUAUGCCAAGGCAAGGCGUACCAAGUGGAUUACAGACAAUCUCGGUAUGGUUACCCUUGUUGGGAGUCAAAUAUGGUGGACAUGGGAGGUUGAAGAUGCUUUCAACAGUGUGCGGUCUGGUAACAAAAAUUCCAUGAAAGUCUUUAGCUUCAAGUUGACAGAUCAGCUUAACGAGCUAGUUGGAAUGGUUCGCUCCGAUUUGAGUAAUCUACAGCGAAAGAAGGUGAAUGCGUUGAUCAUUAUUGAGGUGCAUGCAAGAGAUAUAAUAGAUACGUUUGUCCGAGACAGUAUUCUGGACCACAGAGAGUUUGCCUGGGAGAGCCAGCUGCGUUUUUACUGGGACCGGGAGGUUGACGAUAUAGUCAUAAGGCAAUGUACUGGACAGUUUCUUUUUGGCUACGAAUACAUGGGUCUAAACGGAAGGCUCGUCAUUACUGCUUUAACCGAUCGAUGCUAUAUGACUCUAACAACUGCUCUUACUUACCGUCUUGGAGGCGCUCCCGCUGGCCCAGCAGGAACAGGCAAGACCGAGACGACAAAAGAUCUCGCAAAAUCUAUGGCGUUACUUUGUGUCGUUUUUAAUUGUGGUGAUGGUCUGGACUACAAGGCCAUGGGGUCGAUUUUCUCUGGUCUCGUGCAAUGCGGAGCUUGGGGUUGCUUUGACGAGUUCAAUCGCAUCGAAGCCGAAGUUUUGUCUGUCGUUUCUUCCCAGAUUAAGCAAAUUCAAGAAGCCUUGAAAAACAACCUCAAAAAGUUUCAAUUUGAGGGGAAGGAGAUAGCUCUUGAUUCGAGGACAGGAAUUUUUAUUACAAUGAAUCCAGGUUAUGCCGGCAGAACGGAGCUGCCUGACAACUUGAAGGCUCUGUUUCGUCCAGUGACAAUGAUCGUGCCUGACUUGCAGCAAAUCUGCGAGAUCAUGCUUUUCUCUGAAGGUUUUGACACAGCAAAAGUUCUAGCAAAGAAGAUGACUGUACUUUACAAGCUUGCAAGGGAGCAACUGUCCAAGCAAUACCACUAUGACUUUGGCCUUCGUGCCCUGAAGUCAGUGCUAGUAAUGGCAGGGGCAUUGAAACGUGGUGCUCCUGACAUGAGUGAACAGCUGGUGCUUAUGCGAGCACUUCGUGACAUGAACCUGCCGAAGUUCAUAUUCGAGGACGUACCGUUAUUCCUUGGUCUUAUUAACGACUUGUUCCCUGGCCUGGAUUGUCCUCGUGUGCGCUAUCCGUCAUUCAAUGACAUUGUUGAACACGACUUGGAGGAAAAUGGCUACCUGGUCAUGACCGGUCCGAGUGAACAGGUUGAUAAAGUUAUUCAGCUAUACGAAACUAUGCUCACUAGACAUACCACCAUGGUUGUCGGACCAACCGGAGGUGGUAAGAGCGUGAUCAUACAAACGCUUGCACGAGCUCAGACUAAACUCAAUUGUCCAACCAAGUUGAGCAUUAUAAACCCAAAGGCUCAGCCUACGACUGAGCUCUACGGUUUGAUGGAUCCUGAGACUCGAGACUGGACGGAUGGUCUACUUUCAAAUAUAUUUCGAGAAAUGAACAAGCCUCUUGCUCCAGAUAGAAACGAUAGGUUCUACCUCGUAUUCGAUGGAGACGUGGACGCUCUGUGGGUAGAGGAUAUGAACAGUGUGAUGGAUGACAACAAGCUGCUCACUCUUCCGAAUGGAGAGCGAAUCCGUUUGCAGAAUCAUUGUAAGCUGCUUUUUGAGGUGUCGGAUUUGCAGUACGCUUCACCAGCUACCGUAAGUAGGUGUGGGAUGGUCUUUGUCGACUCUAAGAAUUUGGGAUUCAAACCGUAUAUUUGGAAAUGGGUCAACAAACGAGCCAAUAAGGAGGAAGCUGGAUUAUUGAACGAACUAUUCGAGAAGUACGCACAAAAAUGCAUAGAAUACGUGCUGGAAGGCGUAACAGAGGAGGAAAUCACUUCUCCUUUGGUAUUGACAAUUCCGCUUACCAACCUGAAUAUGGCUGCUCAACUGUGCACUCUUUUAGAAGCUAUCCUGACAGAAGAUCAGCCUAUCACUGCUCCACAGGUGCUUGAGGCUGUGUUUAUUUUUUCUUUGGUAUGGUCAAUAGGGGCCGGAGUGGUGCAGUCCACGGCAGUCCGUGACCGAGAGCGUUUCGACAAGUUUAUCAAGUCUUUGGCUCUAAUUGGAACAAGUACUGCGGAUCCCCUCCCACCCACACAAUUGCCGGCAGAAUCCCUCUACGAUUUCUGCUUCAGUGUCAAGGAUCUUCAGUGGCGAUCAUGGAAGUUGAUGGUCCCGGAAUAUGAGCCUCCACCUGAUCGCGUGUUCAGCAAAAUCUUGGUUCCAACCAUAGAUACCGUGAGAUCAACGUGGCUUUUGGACACGUUCAUGGAGAUUGGCAAAGCUGUUCUCUUCGUUGGAGAAAGUGGAACCGCUAAAACCGUUAUCAUACAAAAGUACUUGGGCGCUAUGCCGACAGCUAGCACGCUGAUAUUGAGCUCGAAUUUUAGCAGUCGCACCACAUCCAUGGACGUGCAGAUUACAGUUGAAGACGUGCUAGAGAAACGAACCAAGGACAUUUACGGGCCUCCGGUUGGAAGGAAAAUGAUACUGUUUAUUGAUGACAUGAACAUGCCUAGAGUUGACACGUAUGGCACUCAGCAGCCGAUUGCAAUGCUGAAGCUGCUGAUUGAGCGUGGAGGUAUAUACGACCGAGGGAAGGAACUCAACUGGAAAUUUAUCAAAGACGUGCAGUAUGUUGGCGCAAUGGGUCGUCCUGGAGGUGCAAGGAACAACGUCGACCCGCGAUUUAUCUCCCUCUUUGCCGUCCUGGAAAUACAGUUUCCAUCCAACCAAUCCUUGUCGCAUAUCUAUAACGCGAUUUUGGAGGCUCAUGCCAAGAAUCUUGCGUCCGACAUUAAGGUUAACGAAAGUACUCGAGUCAUAACGGACGUCACCUUGGAACUCUACAACUACAUACUUGAUCGGCUUCCUCCAACACCAUCGCGCUUCCACUACAUCUUUAAUCUACGAGAUUUAAGCAGGAUAUACGAGGGACUCUGCCUGUCUACCCCGGACACAACGAAGAAUGCCGCACAGAUGGUGCGGCUAUGGAGGAACGAGGCACUGAGAAUAUUCUACGAUCGUCUCAUCUCUGACAAAGACAAAGAGAUUGUGGAGAGUAAGCUCACGGAAUUACUCAAACUCAAGCUGCCAAAUUCAGCAGACUAUGCUGCGGGCAAUCCUAUCCUGUAUGGUGACUACAAGAAUGCUCUCAAGGAAAGUGAAGUGCGGCUGUACGUAGACGUUGGAAACUACGACGUAGUGAAGCCAAUAUUUGAAGAAAUCCUGGACGAAUACAGCUUGACGAACAAGAGAAUGAACCUUGUCAUGUUCAAGGACGCGCUGGAGCAGCUGACGCAUAUUCAUCGGAUCAUGCGCCUUGAUCAGGGGAAUGCGCUCCUCGUCGGCGUUGGCGGCAGUGGCAAGAAGAGCCUGUCUAAGCUGUCCGCCUUUACGGCUGGAUGCAGCAUUUUUGAGAUAACUCUCACCAGGGGAUACAACGAGGAAACAUUUAGGGAGGACUUGAAGAAGCUGUAUAACAUGUUAGGCGUUGAGAACCGUUCUGUAGUCUUCCUUUUCACGGAUGCUCACGUUGUGGACGAGGGUUUUCUUGAGCUUGUAAACAACAUGCUAACUUCUGGAAUGGUACCCGCACUCUUUGCGGAAGACGAGAAGGAUGGAAUGAUCGGCCAGAUUCGAGAUGCUGUCACCGCUGCUGGAAUCGUCGACACCAAAGAAAACUGCUGGGCCUAUUUCAUUCGUCGUUGUCGCAGUAACUUGCAUGUCACUCUGGCAAUGUCUCCAGUUGGUGAACUUUUGAGAACCCGCUGCCGGAACUUUCCUGGCAUGGUGAACAAUUGUGUCAUAAACUGGCUAACACCAUGGCCUGAAGAAGCACUUCACUCUGUGGCUACGGUCUUUCUAUCGGAGUUAGACCUCCCGGAAAACCUGCGCCCCCAUAUCCUAGAGCAUAUGGUCAUGGUUCACCAAUCUGUGUGCAAGGUGAGUGCAGAUUUUGAGCAGAAAAUGCGUCGCUACAACUAUGUCACGCCCAAAAACUUUCUCGACUUUAUUGAAAACUAUCGGACGUCACUCGUCAAGACCAGGGUUAAUAACAGUGAUAUGGCUGCAAGACUGAAUGGUGGUCUCCAAAAACUGAUUCAGGCGAAGGUUGAGGUUUCAGAAAUGCAGAUUACUCUUGCGGACGCGAAAAUUGUUGUUGAUGCCAAGACAAAGGAAUGUAACGAGCUUCUCGAAGUUAUCAGCAAGAAUACCGCUGAAGUUCAGACAAAACAAGGCAUUGCAAAUGAUAAAGCCGUGGAUUUAUCCAAGCAAAGUGAGGUUAUAACAAGAGAGAAAGCAGAGGCAGAGGUAGCUCUUGCGGAAGCACUACCAGCAUUGGAAGCAGCUGCUGAAGCUCUUAACAGUCUUAAAAAGGAAGAGAUUACCGAGAUUAGAUCUUUUGCCAAGCCUCACAUCUUAGUGCAAAAGGUGUGCGAGUGCGUGGUUAUCUUGAGGGGCAUCAAAGACGUGUCUUGGAAAGGUGCCAAGGCAAUGAUGGCUGACAACAGGUUUUUGGCCACGUUAAUGGAGUUUGACAAGGAUUCCAUUACCGAGAAGCAGAUGCGAGCUCUCAAGGAGUACUUUAAGGAUCCAAAACUGAAUUUGGACGAACUAAGUACCAUCUCCACAGCCGGAGCUGGGCUUCUCCGCUGGGUGGUUGCCAUGGUAAACUACUACGGAGUAGCAAAAGUUGUGCAGCCCAAGAGGCUGGCGGUUGCCAAUGCCGAAAAGAAUCUAAAGAAUGCACAGAAGGAGCUUGAGAAAAUACAGGAGGAGGUGAGGCAGCUUUCUGAGCAGCUGGGAGCUCUUCAGAAGCAAUUUGAGGACAACACAGCAGAGCAGCAAGCACUUAAGGAGAAAGCAGACCUCAUGGAGAAGCGUUUGAGCGCUGCUGAACGUCUUAUCGUUGGCUUGGGCUCGGAGCACGAGAGAUGGUCUCGAGAACUGGGCGACCUUGCUGUUGCUCGAGUCAAGCUGAUUGGAGACUGCCUCGUCACCUCCAGCUUCCUGAGCUACUGCGGGGCAUUUACAAUGGACUACAGGACGGAGCUCAUUCAAAAUAUCUGGCUCGCAGACAUCCAAUCCAAAGAGUUGCCCUGCACAGACCCUUUCUUCCUAGAGAACAUUUUAACGAGUGAAGUUGAGAUUAGCAAGUGGAACAGCGAGGGAUUGCCAUCGAAUGAGCUCUCCAUUCAGAACGGCAUACUCACAACAAGGGCGUCCCGCUUUCCUCUUUGCAUUGACCCGCAAAUGCAGGCCAUAUCCUGGAUAAAAAAGAAGGAGGGCAAGCAGCUUGAGGGCCGGGUGAAAACCUUCAAUGACUCUGACUUCGUGAAGCAGCUUGAGAUGGCAAUCCAGUAUGGGUUUCCAUUUAUGUUUGAAAAUGUGGACGAGUAUAUAGACCCUGUCAUAGAUCCGGUUCUAGAAAGAACAUUCACAUCUGCUGGUGGUGCAAGGAAAAGUGUCAAGCUCGGGGAUAAAGACGUCGAAUGGGACGACAACUUUAGGCUGUAUUUAAUAAGCAAGCUUCCGAAUCCUCACUAUGGCCCAGAAAUAUCCGGAAAGACUAUGAUCAUCAACUAUGGCGUCACUGAACAAGGGCUGCAGUCGCAGCUGCUAAAUGCCACGGUAAGACAUGAAAGGCCCGACCUUGAGGAACAAAGAGAAGAGCUUGUGAGGGACACUAGCGAGAACAAGGCGCUGUUGAAACAGCUCGAAGACACCCUUCUGCGGGAACUAAGCAAUGCCACGGGUAACAUUCUGGAUAACGAGGAACUGCUGACAACUUUGGAAAACACGAAGCUUAAAGCAUCUGAGAUUUCUCACAAGCUGAAGCUCGCCCGGGAUACGUCCGUAGAGAUCGAUCAACUGCGCCUGAGGUACUCCCCGGCUGCCAAGAGGGGUGCCAUCCUCUUUUUUGUCAUGUCCGGCCUCUCCGCUAUCAACAACAUGUACGAGUACUCGCUGGCAUCCUUUCUGCAAGUGUUUGAGAUAUCACUGGCCACGAGCAAGCGGGAACCCACACUAGACUCGCGGCUACGCAGCAUCAUCGACGCUGUCACAUACGACGUGUACAAUUAUACGUGCACGGGGCUGUUUGAGAAGCACAAGUUGAUGCUCUCCUUCCAGCUAACAACCAGGAUCAUCGACGGGGAGACAGGAAUGGAUCAUGCUCAGCUGCAGUUCUUCCUCAAGGGCAACCUGUCUCUGGAGAAAUCGCCCCUGCCAAAGCCACACGACUGGUUUCCGGACACGGGGUGGCAAGAUGUCGUGGAGAUGAUGGAACUGGGCCCGCAGUUCAAAGCUCUAGUAGACCACUUCUCGGAGAAUGGACCGGAAUGGAAGUCAUGGUACGAGGAAGAUCAGCCAGAGAUGGCAUCCAUGCCAGGACAAUUCAACGACAAGCUCAAUUUUUUCGAGCAGCUCUGCGUCUUACGCUGCUUCCGCAUCGACAGGAUCACGGUCGCUGUCACGCGGUACGUGAUAGACCGGAUGGGAGAGAAGUAUGUCAUGCCUCCGGUGCUCGACUACAAGAGCAUACACCGCCAAAGCUCGGCAUUGACGCCCAUCGUCUUCAUUCUUAGCCCUGGUGCUGACCCAGCUUUCGACGUUUUCAACCUGGGAGAGGAGAUGGGGUUCAAGCCCGGUGCAAAGCUCAAGUAUAUGGCUCUGGGACAGGGAAUGGGACCAAAGGCUGCAGAGACACUCGAGUCGGGCUCCGGCCGUGGCCUGUGGGUCAUGCUUCAAAAUUGUCAUCUGCUCCCGUCCUGGCUAAAGACGCUGGAAAAGAUCCUUGAGAAGAUAACCAAACCUCAUCCCGAAUUCAGGCUUUGGCUCACCACGGAGCCGACGUCAACUUUCCCUCUUGGCAUCCUGCAGCGCAGCUUAAAAGUUGUCACGGAGCCCCCCAACGGGCUCAAGCUCAACUUGAGAUCAUCGUACGCCAAAAUCACCGAAGAGAUGCUUGCCGACUGCCCACACUUUGCUUUCCGUCCGCAGGUGUUUGUGGUUGCCUUUUUCCAUGCAGUGGUGCAAGAGCGGCGAAAGUACGGAAGGCUUGGAUGGAAUGUCCCUUACGACUUUAACGAGACCGACCUUCGCAUCAGCCUGUUGCUCAUCUCCACGUACCUGCGGAAGGCUUUUGAUAACAGGGAUGACACCAUACCAUGGGGCACACUGCGCUACCUCAUUGGUGAGGCCAUGUAUGGAGGGCGUGUCUCGGACUCGUUCGACCGGAGGAUCUUGAAAACUUACCUGGAUGAAUACCUGGGGGACUUUUUGUUUGACAAGUUCCAUCCCUUUUUUUUCUACACCAAAGACGAUGGCUCUGGCUAUAUGCUUCCUCCUGCAGGGCCCAGAGAGAACUACACCAAUUACAUUGACUCCCUACCAAUAGUCCAGACGCCCGAGGUGUUUGGUCUCCACUCCAAUGCCGAUAUUAGCUACUACACCAAUACGACCAAGAACCUGUGGAAAGACCUUGUGGACUUGCAGCCUCGUGGAGGGGACAGUGGAGGCGGGGUGAGAAGAGAGGACAUCAUUGAGCGUGUGGCGUCAGAUAUACUGUCCAAGCUUCCUGUGCCUUUUGAUCUUCCUGUGUUGAAGAAAAGAUUUGGAGUCCCUACGCCCGUGCAAGUUGUGCUUCUCCAAGAGAUUGAGAGAUGGAACAGGCUUAUUACCAGCAUGGCAGAGAGCCUUCGAAAGCUCAAGAAAGCACUUGCUGGAGAGAUUGGGAUGAGCAAAGACUUAGACGAGCUCUCAACGGCUUUGUUUAAUGGGCAGCUUCCAAACAUGUGGCGCAGGCUAACCUCUCAGACAGAGAAGAUGCUUGCAGCUUGGAUUGUGUGGUUGUUGCGGCGAGAUCAACAAUACAAAAAUUGGGCCGAGCACGGGGAGCCGAAAGUUAUGUGGCUGUCGGGCCUCCAGAUUCCCGAAACAUAUAUUGCUGCACUUGUUCAAACUGCGUGCAGGGACCGCGGUUGGCCACUAGACAAGUCCACUAUCUACACUAAGGUGACCAAGUUCAAAAGCAUUGACGAAGUCCCGGAGAAGCCCAAGCAUGGAUGCUAUGUCACUGGCCUCUAUCUGGAAGGCGCCAAUUGGGAUCUGGAAAAGUCUGUUCUCAAGCGACAGGAUCCAAAGCAGCUCGUUGUCGAGCUGCCAAUAUUGGAAAUCAUUCCCAUGGAGGCCAGCAAGAUCAAGCUUCAAAACACGUUUAGAACGCCUGUUUACGUCACACAGGCACGCCGAAACGCUAUGGGCGUGGGACUCAUCUUUGAAGCGGACUUGGCUACUGAGGAACACACGUCACAUUGGGUUCUGCAAGGAGUUGCUCUGUCCAUGAACAUCGACCACUGA